AUGAGCGGCGGCAUUGCACUGGACACUCACUCCCACCUCGCCGACAGAAUUCAUUCCGGAGCCAUGGACGUCGAUGCGCCCAACCAUGCAGCGCUCUCCGUAGCAGACUCGACUGCGACCGGCCGACUUCCCGUCGCCGUCAACAAGCCCACCCCCUUCACAUUCGACCUGGGCAACCUGCUCGCCCACGACCCGAACCCCAUCCCCGCCGAGGCCGACGAACAGGCCCUGGCCGCCACCGCGCGCGAUGCCGCCCAGGCCCUCAUCAACCAGCUGCUCUCCACCUGCGAAGUCAAGUCGACCACCGAGGGCGUGCACCUCCUGCUCCCCGCCCCGCAGAUGGCCCUGCCCCGCGAGAAGCCCGUGCCCAAGGCCAAGGAGCAGACCAAGUGGGAGCGCUUCGCCGCCAAGAAGGGCAUCAAGGACAAGAAGCGCGACGGCAACAAGGUCUACGACGAGGCAUCUGGCGACUGGGUGCCCAAGUGGGGCUACAAGGGCAAGAACAAGGAGGCCGAGAGCUCGUGGCUGGUCGAGGUCGACGAGAAGAAGGAGGCCAGGACCGGUGAGGCCCACGACGCGAGGGCGGAGAGCAGACACGACCGCAAGGAGAGGGCUAGGCGGAACGAGAGGAAACAGCGCGCAAACGAAUCAAAGUCUCGAAAGCCUGCUGCUUAG